AUGGAAGAAUUCCGGCAGAAGGCUGGGAAUGGAAAUGUCCACGUGUUCACUUACGAUGAAAUGAGAGUGGCCACCAGAAAUUUCAGGCCGGACCAAAUCCUUGGAGAAGGAGGUUUUGGAAUUGUGUAUAAGGGAGUUUUGGAUGAGAACGUUAGGCCUUGUUUUAAGUACACCCUAGUUGCUGUGAAAGAGCUCAACCCCGAGGGCUUCCAAGGUGACAGGGAAUGGCUGGUACUUAUCUCCUAUGCUUCUCUCUGUCUUACUAAUUAAACAUAGUGCGGAAAUUUCUGCAUGAUUAUAAUUUUUCCAGAAGGAUUCGUUCGUGCUCAUUUAGAUUCACAUAUUCUCUUCUUCAUAUGCAUGCCCAAGAAUUAGAACACAUACCCGGGUGGCCUUUCACGUUGCUCAAAAGUUGGCCUAUUUGCAGCAAGAAGGCAAUAAGUUUGUUUGCAUUAAUCCGUUUUUACUCUUUUCGAUAACAUGUAGAUUUAUACCAUUAUCCCAGUUGAUAGAAAGAAAAAAAAUGUUAUGUCAAAGUAUGUACGGUGUGAAUAUCUGCUGCUUGAAAGAUAUUUUUUACAGUUUUGGAGAGGGAAACGAUGGUUAAAGCAGAUGAGAGAGGCCAUUUAAAGAUUAUACAUGAAUAUUUUUUGUAGAAGAAUGCACUGCUGACACAGAAUAUCUCAUUUUUCUUUAGAGAAAUUGUGACAUAAUGGAUACAGAGAACUUUUACUUUUCAUUCAAAUAUGUUUCACGUGAUGUGAUAUUUUCAACUAAAUUACACAAAUGUCUACGUUCAAACCAAAGGAAGGUCUAUACCAAGUAUGCAUACCACUGUCUGCCAUAGUUCUAGUGCGCGGUUUGGGCGUUUGCAAUCAACUCUCUGCCAUAGUUCAGCGAAAAUGUUUUUUCAUAAAUCCACCCAACAACUUUUUCUUUCUUUUUUUUCUAUAUAUCUUUCGUGAGUGGUCUUACUUACCUUCUGGUUUUAUUGCUUCUUUAGACUCGUCACUCAUUUGGAGAUACGCCAUUCCUCCAGCGCCAGUGAAGUUUAGAGUGACUCUUGCUGACGCAUUGUCUUCAUUCUGCUUUCUUCAGGCAGAGGUUAACUAUCUUGGGGAGUUUAGUCAUCCAAACCUUGUUAAGCUUAUCGGUUACUGCUGUGAGGAUGACCACCGGUUGUUAGUCUAUGAGUACAUGGCCUGUGGAAGCUUGGAAAAACACCUUUUUCGACGUAAGCUGACUGCUGCAUUUCUAUUUAUUUUUUUACGCGCUUUGGUAGUUGAAGAUUAUAAAUGUUAUCCCUAGAUACUGAUAUAUAAAUAUAAUAUGACUAUGCACUCGUAUUUUGCUCUUACAUGAAGAUGCAUUUGGAAUAUGACCAGUCACCCUUUUUCUAGUCAAUUUAGCAGAUGAAGGCUGGAACUUUUCUUUGGAAACUUCCUAAUCCGUUUUAAGGUUCACUUUGGGAAAUACUUCUAACGUAUGUGAAAUUGAAUAUGGCAUUAAAUGUGUUUAAAGUAGAACAUACUGUCUUCUUGGUAUUUGUAGAGAUUCACCUAGAAUCCAAUCUAUUGAUCUUGGCAGAUGCAUACAGGAUAAUAGAGUGAUUUUUUCUGAUUUAACCUUUUCAUUGUUACAAAUCAAAGUUUUUGGUUUAUUUUUUUAAUUUUUUAUUGCAAUCAAACAUUGUUUCUUUUCUUUUAUUUUUUUGUCCUUGAUUUCCCUGUGUGAUGGUGCUUAAAACAAAAGCAAAUGCUCGCAUCAUUCCCCACGUAUGUGAUGUUAUUAUUAUCGGCAACCUUCUGUGUUCAAUCUUCAUAUAGACCCCAUUAAGUGCUACACUAACACUGACCUUCUACGCCAAAGUGAGUAGCUUGGAACAGUUGCAGCUCAACAACGGCAAUUCUUGGAAAUAGAGAAUAAGCACUCCAUGGGUUUGAGAUUUAGUUUAUCAUUUAUAACCAUAUUCAGGCCAUUUGUGUCAAGAAAGAUGAAUAAGAAAGUCAAUGUGCUCGAAAUCUAAUCACUAUGUUCCUUGCUUGAAUGAAAGGGCUUCAGGUUGUUGGAAGAAAAUGGAUGCCCUCACGAUUUGACCUGCCUGAUGAAAACUGGUUGGUAGACGGUGCUUAAAGAUUGAACUGUUGAAACAGUUUCUCUUUUGAGUUGAUCGUCCAUCCCUAUCAAGAAAUUACAUCUAAAAAGUUGCCCAUGGGGAAAAAAAGGUCAGAAUGUUCUUCGUAGUUAAUGAGCAUGACUGAAGGAAAAUGCCGUACGAUCGAUUUCAUUAUCAUUGGAAUCGUGAGAGCAAUGAUAAGGAAAUAAAUCAGCAAGAAAUCCUGAAAACGUCAGAUAUUUUACUUCUUUUAUGGUCUGAAUUUUCUCCUAUAUCUUUGAAUAACCCGAAAGACCCCGCUUAGUUUAAUCCAAUGAUGUGACCGAAUAUCUCGGUAAUUUUUUUCACUUGGCUACUCUUUUUAAAUUCCACGCAAAAUGCUUGGUUCAAAUACAGACCAAGUUUUUUACCUACUAAUAGAAUUCUCUAAAAAGGAAAUUUUAUUAUUAUACCCAAAAUAAUCAAUUAUAACUAUCUAAUUUAUCGUGGAACUGAUUAAUUGAAUUCAAAUUCAAAAACGAUUUGCCUCUAGGGGUCUGCCUUACAAUGCCAUGGCCAACCAGGAUGAAGGUUGCACUGGGUGCUGCAAAAGGGCUUGCCUUUCUUCAUGGAGCAGAAAGAUCUGUCAUCUAUCGCGACUUCAAGACAUCAAACAUCCUGCUGGACGCGGUUGGUAUCUCUUCCAAAUUAUAUAUCUUCUUCCGCAUGCAUUCUUAAAUUAGAAAAUUCUCCUUGGGUGGGGGGGAGGAUUUUACGCUCCCCUUUCUAUCAUUUGCCAUUUGCAUCUCACACCAUCAACCUAUUAAUUACGCCAUAAAUUACAGGACUACAAUGCAAAGCUCUCGGAUUUUGGGCUCGCCAAGGAGGGUCCCAUGGGAGAUCAGACCCACGUUUCCACCCGAGUCAUGGGCACCUAUGGCUAUGCCGCCCCCGAGUAUGUGAUGACCGGUGAGUCUCGUGAAUAAUGCCUCAGCGUAUCAUGUGUAUUUUGGGAAAAGGGAAAUCAUUCUUUUCAGUUUUUUUUAAAACUUUAGGCAGUAUCAUUACUCGUUUAGCUAAUGUGGAUGCAUCAGCCAUGCUCCAAUCCAAGUUCAUAUUUUAUGAAUUUGGGUUAGAGUCCAAGCGUGAUACAGUCUAGAGAUACGGUUUUUCUGAGAUUUUUUCUAUCGUAAAACUUGAUGCCUGCUUGUUGUCUCCAUGGAAACUAUCAGAUGGUUCUUGGUUUCCACCUUCUGGCAGGCCAUCUGACGGCUCGGAGCGAUGUCUACGGCUAUGGAGUGGUGCUCCUAGAGAUGCUGAUCGGCCGCAAGGCCAUGGACAGGAGCAGACCUAGCCGGGAGCACAACCUGGCCGAAUGGGCUCGCCCGCUCCUGGUCCACAACCGGAAGCUGCUGAAGAUCAUCGAUCCGAGGAUGGAGGGCCAGUACGCCGUCAAAGCUCUCCAGAAGGUGGCCAAUGUGGCCUACUACUGCCUCAGUCCGAACCCCAAGGGCAGGCCCACAAUGUCCCAGGUGGUGGAGAUCCUCGAAUCCCUCCGAGACCUACCGGAGAACGGAGGGGGUCCCCUGCUCCAGGCCGGCGCCGCCGCCGUGACGCUCUUCGAGGCUCCCAAGGGCACGGCUGGGGAGGGGGAUCGUGUACGGUGA